AUGCCAUCCUUAAGGUGCAUAUUCGCCGGAAACUCCUCUCGGCCCAGCGUAUGGCAGCUAUUGUAGCAACCAAAGCCUAUCGAACUGCACCAACAGACGCCCUUCUUGUCAUCGCAGGACUCCCACCUAUUCAGCACGUCAUCCUGAGCAGGUAUAUCAAAAACCUUCUCAUAAAGCUCAACACUCCUAAUAACAACAACACUCUGACUAACAGGGCAAUCAACGAACUUAAGCUCCCGGAGGCCAUACACUCCAUUGUCAAAGACGUUAAGGAAUAUGGGAUCGACAAAAUGGUCGAAACUGACACCACCCACCCAGCUGCCAUUAAGAGCUGCAAUAUCUACUUCAACCAUCUCCCCCCUACUAAAGGAGUCAACUUCUAUACUGACGGCUCCAAAACAGAGAACACAGUUGGCGCUGCUGUCUACCUCGACGACCCCAGUAAGAGGCACUACUGGCAAUCAGUAGCCUCUCUCAACAAUCACUGCACCAUCAAUCAGGCUGAGUCGUUAGCCAUCCUGCACAGUCUGAAAUACAUCAAAACAAAUAUUCAGCAUUUUAAACGAACCACCAUCAACAUCUUAAGUGAUAGCCGCACAGCCCUUCACCAAUUAAACAAGGGCAAUCGCCAGCUCCCCAUCAUCAACAACUGCCUCCAGAUCAUAGGAGAGAUUGGUCAGGUGGUUUCUAUCAACCUGUACUGGGUAAGGGGACACACUGGGAUUUACGGCAAUGAAAAAGCUGAUGCCCUUGCCAAGAAAGCCCAUACAAUCACUAGUAACUGCAGCUAUGCCGCCAUCUCCCUGUCUGUCAUCAAAAACAAGCUUAACGCCGUCAUUAUGGAUAAAUGGCAAAAGGAAUGGGAUGCCAGUACCACCGGGCGUCUAACUCACCAAUUCCUGCCCAACAUCAGCAAAAGGAUGACACUCAACUUCUUCAACAUCAAUCACGCCAUCACCCAGCUCUUGACAGCACACGGUAACUUCAGGGCCUAUCUCUAUCGUUUUCUUAAAAAAGGAAGCAGCACCUGCAAUUGCGGAAUUGAAGAAGACGAGGACCCAUACCACGUAAUCUUUACUUGUGCAAAUCACAGGGCCCACAGGCCCCCUCUCAGGGACAGGCUUCAGGCAGAGGGUCACCAUUGGCCCUGCACCCUUGAGGCCCUUCUCCACAACAAGAAAAUCUUCUCUACCUUUAAAGCCUUUGUCGCAAAGCUUCGACUGGCGGACUAUCACAGGAACAACACGCAUAUGAACUAACGAAGAUCCUUCAACAGGACUCUCACCCUUCAUCACGUAUAUGUAUGUUUUCUACUUUUAACACAUUGUAUAAUAGCCACUCUACUGUCAACUGUUUUCUAUCUAUUGUUGUUUUACAAUCGCGCCACCACCUUGUACACAGGUAUUAUAUAUGCUGUAUUCUGUAUAUCUUGUAUUUUGUUUCUCUCUUACUCCCAUCAAUAAAUGUGUUGCUGGCGCCCAUGAUCCUACCCCUUCACCACCUAUCCUAUCUCUCUUUCCAUUUCACCUUCACCCUUCUCCUAAACCUCUCUUUCCUUCUCAUUUCACCCUCGAGCGAUACCACUGAGUAGUCUCGAGCUUUCACCACCUUCCCAGUAAUAAUAAUAAUAAUAA